UAUGAGCCAAACACCGGCUACUCCAGAGUCAUCCAGCAACAGACCUGAAGAGAAAAGCUUAGCCUUUGAAAUUCCCGACAUCAUUGUUGUGGUUAUUUAUUUCAUCUUUGUCCUUGCCAUUGGAAUAUGGUCUUCUCUGCGAGCCAGUCGAGGAACAGUUGGAGGCUAUUUCUUGGCUGGAAGAUCCAUGACAUGGUGGCCUAUUGGAGCAUCUCUGAUGUCCAGCAAUGUGGGGAGUGGUUUAUUUAUUGGCCUAGCAGGCACAGGAGCUUCGGGAGGCCUUGCAGUUGGAGGCUUUGAGUGGAAUGCUACGUGGGCAUUGCUGGUCCUUGGCUGGAUCUUUGUGCCAGUUUACAUUGCUUCAGGAGUGGUCACUAUGCCAGAAUACCUGAGGAAAAGAUUUGGAGGACAGAGGAUUCAAAUCUACCUGUCUGUGCUGUCUCUUAUCCUGUAUAUAUUCACCAAGAUAUCAACAGAUAUUUUCUCUGGUGCACUUUUUAUCAAAGUCUCCUUGGGUUGGAACCUUUACCUGUCUACAGUGAUCUUGUUAGUUGUGACAGCCAUCUACACUAUAGCUGGUGGUUUAUCUGCUGUGAUAUACACAGAUGCUCUGCAGACUGUGAUCAUGGUGCUUGGAGCUUUGGUUCUCAUGUUCAUAGGCUUUGAGAAAGUUGGGUGGUAUGAAGGACUGCAAGAAAAGUAUAGUAGAGCAAUACCCAGUGUCAUUGUCCCAAAUACCACCUGUCAUUUGCCACGCCAAGAUGCUUUUCACAUGCUGAGGGAUCCCACCACUGGAGAUAUUCCAUGGCCUGGGCUUAUUUUUGGCCUCUCAGUGCUUGCCCUCUGGUGCUGGUGCACUGAUCAGGUCAUUGUGCAAAGGUCUCUCUCAGCAAAGAAUCUUUCUCAUGCUAAAGGUGGAUCAGUGCUGGGUGGAUAUUUGAAAAUCUUCCCUAUGUUUUUCAUUGUCAUGCCAGGCAUGAUCAGCAGAGCUCUCUUUCCAGAUGACGUGGGAUGUGUAGACCCAGCAAUCUGUGAGAAAGUCUGUGGAGCUAGAGUUGGCUGUUCAAACAUUGCCUACCCAAAACUGGUAAUGGAGCUCAUGCCUGUAGGCCUCCGUGGUCUGAUGAUUGCUGUGAUGAUGGCUGCUUUGAUGAGCUCACUCACCUCUAUCUUCAAUAGCAGCAGCACCCUCUUUGCCAUGGAUAUCUGGCAGCGACUCCGUAAGAAGACCACUGAGCAGGAGCUCAUGAUUGUUGGAAGGGUGUUUGUUCUGGUUCUCAUUGUUAUCAGCAUUCUCUGGAUCCCCAUCAUCCAGACAGCCAACAGUGGUCAACUCUUUGACUACAUUCAGUCAAUCACCAGUUAUCUAGCACCUCCCAUCACUGCACUCUUCAUCCUAGCAAUCUUCUGCAAGAGGAUCAAUGAGCCAGGUGCAUUCUGGGGCCUGAUGUUUGGCCUAGUCAUCGGUCUCAUUCGGAUGAUCAUGGAAUUUAUUUACAGGGUGCCCUCCUGUGGUGAGGAGGACAAAAGGCCAGCUGUGUUGAAAGACAUGCACUAUUUGUACUUUGCUAUUAUCCUGUGUGCACUCACAGCCAUUGUUAUCGUCUUAGUUAGCCUUUGCACACCACCAAUUCCAGAGGAAAAACUUGCUCGAUUGACAUGGUGGACUAGACAUUUUAAAACUCCAGAAAUAAGCCUUGAGAACCAAAUAUGCCAAAGUACAGAGUUGACUUCUGCCAAGAAAGAGACUGAUUUGGAUUCCACUCCAUGGGAGAAUGGAGAUUUGGAUUGUAAAGAAUAUAGAGAAGUGAAACAUCCUUGCUGGAAGAAAGUAUAUUUCUGGUUCUGUGGUAUUUCCACCACUCCCAAGCCCACUUUAACCAGAGAGGAGGAAGCAGCCCUUGAAAGGAAACUUACCAGCAUCAAGGAAGAACCGUUAUGGAAAGCCAUUUGCAACAUCAAUGCUAUCAUUCUCUUGGCUAUUAACAUCUUCUUAUGGGGCUACUUUGGAUGAGCCAAGGCUUCUAGGGAAUUCAAAUGAGAACACAGUUGGCUAGCCCAGCUUGCUAUAGAGCAAACACAGGAACCAACUGAACAAAACAGAUUCAUCUUGAGGAAAUGAACUCCCACA